AUGUCUCCGAGGCGCACCGCCGCGCUCUUCCCCCCGCUGCUCCUGCUGCUGCUGUCCGGAGCGGGACAGGGUCUGGCAGCCCGGCCCCUACUGCUGUUCCUGAUCGACGGGUUCCGCUAUGACUACAUGGAUGACCUGCACGCUCUGCCCGGAUUCCGCCAACUCGUGGGCAAUGGGGUGAAGGUGGAUUACAUGACUCCGGAAUUCCCGAGUUUGUCAUACCCGAAUUACUACUCAUUAAUGACAGGCCGUCACUGCGAUGCUCAUCAAAUGACUGGAAAUUACAUGUGGGACGAAGCCUCCGAUAAGCAGUUUCUGAUUGGGACCAAUCCUGACAGUCGGUUGCCUCUGUGGUGGGAUGGAUCAGAGCCCCUAUGGGUCACCCUGCAGAAACUGGGAAAGAAGGUUUACAUGUACUACUGGCCUGGCUGUGAGGUGGAGAUUCUGAGUGUCCGUCCAACAUUCUGUGAGGAAUAUGUCUACAACCCAUCAGAGAAAAACCUAACAGACUCCAUAUCAAAUGCUCUCAAUGUCCUGAGGUCAGGCCAAGCAAGCAUGGCAGCAAUAUAUUAUGAGAAAAUAGAUGUGGAGGGCCAUCACUUCGGUCCAGACUCUCAUCAGGUCAGAACAGCUGUGCGACAACUGGAUCUGGCUAUGCAGACGCUCAACAACAAAAUCAAAGAGAAAAACAUGGUGAACCAGCUGAACAUUAUGCUAUUUUCAGACCAUGGUAUGACAAAACUCCAGUGGAUGGAGAAGGUCAUAGAGCUGGACAAGUAUAUCAACAUGUCAGCCAUUGUCAAAAUGAUGGACAGAGGACCAGUAGUCAGUCUGUGGCCCAAAGACAACAAGUAUCAAGAGGUGUAUGCCACAUUGUCCCAGGUCCCUAACAUGCGAGUCUAUGCCAGACGGGACAUCCCUGAACGUUUCCAUUUCAAAGGAGGGAAGUUUGUCUCUCCACUGACGCUGUUGGCUGAUCCAGGCUGGUUUAUCACCGAGAACAAGGCAAGUCUACCAUACUGGAAAAACGACUCUGGGGAACCCUCAGCCUGGCAAAAUGGUUGGCAUGGUUACGACAACGAAUUCCUUGACAUGAGAGGCUUUUUCUUAGCAACUGGACCUGACUUCAAGCAUAAUGUUCGAACAGCUCCCAUUCGAGCAGUGGACAUCUAUAACAUCAUGUGCUGGACACUGGGAGUGAAACCAUUGCCCAAUAAUGGGUCCUGGUCUCGGGUAGAGUACUUCCUGAAUGGCUCUGAAGGACCAUCCCAGCCCAGCACAAUCUUCUGCUGUGUGGGUUUGUUAGGAAUACUGCUUGCACUAUGGGACUAAAGCAUUGAACAGUUAAGUGUUUAUGACAUGAGAGUAGCUAGAAAUGAUCUGCUAGAAAGAGUUCAAACACUGGAACGUGUAGAGGUUAACGCAUCUAAAAAGAAAUGAAACUGGCUGGAAAAUGUCCCGUUGGAAUGGUAAGAGCAUUCUUAAGAGUCCUUCAAGUGUUUUCUAAGAACUCAUCCCACCUUUCUAAAUUGCCUGGGAAGAAAUCUAUAUGCCAACAUCAGUGACAGAGGCUGAUGGCUGGUGAGGCUCUGACUUCAUCACAAUCAGAUUUACAACAUAUGAACCCUACAGAGAAGCUUAUUCACCAUUUGAUUGGCAGCAGUUAACGGGUUAUGUUUAAAAUCUCAUAUCAGCUUUCUUCACACAUACAAACUGUUGCACACAAAAAAGCACAUUCAAUUAAAAAAAACGUUAUGUUACCAUCACUUAUAAAUGAAGUCCAUGCGCCGCUCCUUCUUCGUUUCGGUUAGCUCAGGAUGCUCGAUGCCUUUCAUUUCAAGGAAAGUCCGGAUUUCGUUCAGGCAAGCCGCAAAACGGCUAAGCACCUUCCCUCUUGACAACCAACGCACAUUGCUGUGCAAAAGAAGACCAGGAUAGUUAUUUCCAACUUCAUCCAGCAGUGUUCGGGCAACAAUAAAGUUUAUCACACGAAUGACCAGCGACAUCACUUCGCCAAACUGCCCGUCACACAUCUGAGCACAAAGUGCCUCCUGGUGUAGAAUGCAAUGGAAACUUAGGAUGGGUCUACUUACAUGUUCACGAAGAAGCGCCACAAACCCUUUGUUUUUUCCCACCAUACACGGAGCACCAUCAGUACACACUGAGAGAAGUUUAUCCAUAGGUAGAUUUUUUUCUUGAGCAAACUCCAUGAAAGACUUUAAUAAAUCUUCACCUCUUGUGGAUCCUUUUAUUGGCAGAACAGCAAGACUUUCUUCGCGCAGUGUGUCAUCAACAGCAUAUCUUGCAAUCACGCUGAACUGCGACAAAUGGCUCACGUCUGUUGACUCAUCCAAAGCCAGGGAAAAGAACGGCGCUGCAUUUAUGUCCUUCACUUGCGUUUCCUCCACUUUAUUUGCCAUCAUGAUGGUACGAUCAUGAACAGUUCUUGCCGACAGAGGCAUGUCUUGUAUCCGUUUGAUUAUCUUGUCUUUGUUCGGAAGAUCAUCAAAAAGUUCAUUGGCUACAUCCAGCAUGAACGUUUUAGCAUACUCGCCAUCUGUGAAUGGUUUUCCGUUCCUCACUAUUGCUAAAGAUCCAGCAAAGCUAGCGGAAUUAUAGUCACCUUGCCGGGUCCAUACGCGGAGUUGCUGCUGGCUAGCUUGCACCCUGCUGAGUAGCUCUUGGCACACUUUCUUUCUGCUGUCUCCCGCAGGGUAUUUUGAUGCAAAGGUAGCAUGGCGCGUGUCGAAGUGCCGCUUUACAUUCGACCAUUUCAUCGAUACAAUUUUGUCAUUGCAAAUUAGACACACCGCAGAACCUGCUCUCUCCAUAAAGGCAAAUUCUUCGGUCCAUUCAUUCUGAAAUGUAUGAUACUCGUCAUCUUUUUUUCUUUUCGCCAUCUUCUUUGUCGAAGGGUUAGCUUUGAGCUAAUGACCGAGUAGACUGAUUCAAAAGGGAGCGUUUACCUGUUUACCCAGCAACGGCCAACAUAGGCCAGUAUCAUCACUUGCUCCUGCAGCGAACUGCAGCCCUGAACAGGACAUGAGCAGUGAAAAAUCGAUGGAUAGAUUAAAACAAGUGAGAAUAUUUUGUUUUAUCUGCGAGCCAGAUGCAAUCAUCAAAAGAGCCACACCUGGCUCGCGAGCCAUAGGUUCCCGACCCCUGGUCUAUGUGUAGAUUGUAGCUUGCUGUCACUUAUUCAGCAGCCGAGGAGUCACAAGAAGAAUCACUGGGAUCAUGAGUGCCCCCUAUCAUGAAGCAGGAGAACUGCGGGCCUCACUUAGUGCCUUUUCACAGCCGUUUUAUUAUUGCUCAGCAUAAGAAACACGUUACACACAUACAGUUGUUGACAAACAACACUGUACAUUAUAUACAUCAGCUAAACUAUGGAAAUUUAGUUCAUAUAGCAAACAUUGAAUAGCGACAUCCAGAGAGACAGCAACACAGUCUCAUUUCAUAGCAUGGCAGCACAGUUAGCCGAGUCUUGUCAAUCCAUGGUGAGGCUCAUCUGGCUGAUGCCUCACCGCACGUCUCUUCUCACUAUUUGAACAGUAAAUGUGAAAAUUCAGCGAUUUUGAACAAAAAAUCAUCUAAAACUGGUGGAGUUAGAUAAAAAAAGAACUCGAUAGUGCAAAUCACUGGAUAAAUAUUAAUUACUUUUUUCAUUUUACAUUUUUUUCUUUCCAUGAUGACAGUUGAGGCACUCGCCAACAUAACCUUAGAAUCUGUUUUCAUGCCCUCGUUCUUCUCCAGCUCUCUUAAUGUCUGAUCAACAUGUGUUGCUGUCAUACUGUAACCCUUGUGUUACCUUAGGGCUCAAAAAUGACCACUAUGUUUAACAGCGUAGGAAACACCUUAAUAAUCUUUUGUCAAAUUUUCCUAUAAUGACCCCAACAUGAGAGUAAAACUUGCCUUGAAAGCUUUACACCAACAGGGUACCAAUCUGAUCUUAGGGUUAAUUCUUGACCCGGCAAUGUUUUGAUUUGUGGAUUUGUGUUCUUCUGCAAUUUUCAUUAUGCAUUGUCAAUGAUUGUUCAAAAAUGAGAAGAUAGAGAUACAACAUGUAGUGCAUGUAUUCUUUUUUUAAAUUGAUCAAUGAUUGGAAACAUUGAUCAAUAUAAAAUGUGCUUGUUCCGCUGACCUAUUGUUUCCUGACUAAAAACUGUGCAGUUCACUACAAGUUCAUGUUGAUCAAUGACUUAAAAAUUAACAGUUUCCAAAAAAUGUAUAUAGACCUAUAAAACAAAAACAAAAAUACUGAUUUCUGUAGAUUUCUAUUUACAAUUUCUUUUGCAUUAAAAAAACAAAAACAGAAAAAA